UGAUCUCAUUUAAAUUCAAGGGGUUUGAACGGAUGGUCAGAAUUUUCGUACCCUCCCGUCAACUUUAUCUUGAAGUUUCUAGCGCCUUUGUAAUUUUCAUAAACAUUUACUUUUGAGAACUUGAAGCUUCGAAGGAGACCGAUCUUCUGUUACAGUGUUAAGUGUACCAAAGGCCUUGACUAUAAAACGUCCUUGAAACAAGCCAAGAUAUGUGCGGAAUGACAACAAAACCAAGAGGCCUAGGUGAAAGGUCAUUACUAAGUAUGGCGCCGCCGGAGAGAGGGCGGAAGUGUUCUUCUCUACUUUCUUUCGCCGCUAAAAUCGCCUGUGUGGACUUCCCAUGGAUCCGACUUGUGCUACUCUGGGUCCUGGUCAUUAUCUGUUCCCUUGUGCACCAGUUCGCGCCCCUGAAAGACUCGUACCUGAACAACACAGACAACGUUUUGAACGCGUACUUCGCGGAGUGGAGCUGGGCUUGGACUGUCAUCCCUACCGCCAUCUUCGUCCUGUUGAGCAGCUAUGUUUACACCGUGGGUAGCGUCAGGGCUGUUCUCAAACACCAAGUCCGCAUGGUUGUGGGUACCGUGGUGUGGAGAGUGUGGGUGGGCUUGUUUCUCGGCGUGCGACAGUGGACGGUAAGCUGCUCGGACCGCAGCUUUGGCGCCAACUCGACGGCGUGCGAGGAGGCAGGACACCGCUGGGAGGGGUACGACAUCUCCGGUCACACCUUCCUCCUCAGUUUCUGCAUCUUCUUCAUCACCUCUGAACUGUCGGUGCUCCUACGAUGGGACAGUAUCCCUGAACGGUUAGAAAAGCUGGGAACCGUUCGUUUACGUGACGAGCAGCCGUCGGAUCGGAGUGAUGAAGGAGCCGAAGAUGAAACCCACACCGUAGAAGAAUCAGACUCGUCCCUUGAGUGGUUUUACCGACUCACUCCGUUCCUCUGGCCCCUGUUUUGUCUACUGGUCCUCCUGAGGUUGUUGUGGGGAUUCCUGCUGACUGUCACCGCCCUGUACUUCCACACGGUAGGAGAGAAGCUGAUCGGUCUGUUCUGCGGGACGUUCUCGUGGUGGAUGACGUACGAGGUUUGGUACAAACGCGCGUUCCCAGGCAGACCAGGGGGAGGGCCACUCGGGCUUGACGGAACACACACGCACGGCACGCCGCAGCCUGGACAGAUAGAGCUACCGGCUACCAACUAGUUCGCUACAGUGAGAGUUACCGAGGAUGUGAAGUUUUUGUUGUAUGUUUAUGUCAUACUUGAAUGGGAUGAAGCGUGUCUGGGAUGGAAUUUCAGGUCAGGAAAACUAAAUUUUCAUAAGUCAAUUCUAUAUAGAUGUAAAGUUUAAUCAAUGCUAUCCCAUAGCAUACGGUGUGAGGCAAAAUUUCGAUAUCGCUGACGCAAAACG